AUGGCAACAAGUAAAUCAUUGAUUAUGAGCGGUUUCAAAGAAGACUGCGAACAAUUAAUUACUCGUUUUGAACGAGCAGAUGAUAUUAGGUUUCAAACUUUUUGUGAGAUUUGGAAGGAUAUGAAAUUUUCAUUGAUUUUUACUGGUCGUCCAUCUUUUUUAGAAUUGUUAGAAUUUUGUGAAGAAUCAUUGAAUAUAUGCAAACAAUUCCUUCUUUUGCCUCCUCGUUUUAAAGAACGUAUUGGAGGACUAUAUCUUUUAUAUGGAAUAUACUAUAAAAUGCCAAUAGAUCAGUUUAAAAUUAGAGUUAAAGUAGAUGAUUGGCAAAGUAUCAUGGAUCUUCAUGCAGAAAUAAAGGAAGGGGAACAUUUGGAUGCUAAUUACAUAUUAUGUAAAUUAAUUGCAAAUAAUGCAUUUUCUUUCUGUAUUUUUGAUUCAGAGUUUGGUUUAGAAAAAUAUUAUCGUGUGAAGAAUACAAAGUGUUUUAAUCCAUAUUCUGUGUUGCCAACAUUAAAAGAUUUAACUGAUAAACAUCAAAUAUUAUCAAAAAUUAGUGAAAUUAGUAAAGCUUACGAAGAAAAGAAACAAGCAUUAAAGUUAGAAAAUGAAUCAGGUACUAGUUUAAAAUUCUUCAAUUCAAGUAUAGCUGAAGACAUUAUUAAUAAUAUUCAAGAAUUCGAAGAACAGAGAAGAAAUCAACAUAUAAAAAGUAUGUUCAGUUCUAAAAAAGCCUGUAGUUCUUCAGUUUCCAAAGAGACACAAAAAAAGUCUGAAUUAAAACGUACUUACAAACGUAAAUCAUUGAUUGAUGAUGGUUUUCAAAUAGAGUCAAGUGAAUCUGAAGAAGAUGAAAUAUUAGAAUUUGAUUCUAGUUCUGAUUAAUUAAAAAAUUUUGAUUGAUAGUCAAACUAAAAAAGAAGGAACAUAUCUUUUACCUUUGAUUGUUAUCGUCGAAACCAGCACUAUGGCCCGCAUUUCGUACAAUAAAACUAGUUCCAUCAUAAUGCAUACGUCGU